AUGGGUGCAAGUAUAUGUGUCUUUGUGGAGGGCGAUAGGGAAAUGAAGGUCAUCAAGUGGAGUAGUGACCGAAGGCAUGGAGGGGAUUGUAGGAGAGGAUGAGGAAGAUACUACAACUGGAAUAGGAGGAGUCACAAGAGACCUGGGCUGAAGAGAGGCAGGCGUAGGUAAUGACCUCAAAGAGAAUAGACAGGAGGGAAGAGAAGGGGGGGGUCCACAAGAACAACUAAUAGAGGGAACCCAAAUGGAGGAGACAUAGUGGUGCAAGGAAGAGGAGUAAAAAAUGAGGAGAAGAAAGGAGACUCAUGAAAAGUGACGUCGGCUGGGUCAUAUAGUGACAGGUAUUCGAGAAGUAGACUCGAUAGCCCUUUUGCGUGUGAGGUUAGUCAACUAAAGAUCCUUUUAAGAGCAUGAGGGGUGAGUUUAGAAAGAGAAGGAGAGAAAUCCUAGACAAAGGUAGUGCAUUCAAAGACCUAAGAAGAAAGAGAAAAAAGAAGAAAAUCAAAGAUUAAGCAGCAGAGUGGAAUGGCCUCCCCAAAAAGAGUGGAGAGAAGUCAAUUUUGGAGAUACAUGGUAGUUAGAAAGGCGUCAGCCUAGAGAUAAUGGGAGAAAUUCAUCUCAAGAAGAACUAUGCGAAUGAUGUCAAAGAGUUGACAAUGUUUGUGCUUAGCAACAUCAUUCUAUUGUGAAGUGUGGGGGCAAGUGGUAUGGUGGAGGAUGUCACGAUUAGUACACAAGGUAUGGAGAGAAGACUAGACAAACUCAAGGGUGUUAUCAAUAUGAAGAAUUUUAAGCAUAUUGAUGUAUUGGAUGAUAAUUUCAAUAAUGAAGUGGAUAACCACAGUGAUGACCUCAAAGUAGUUGCGGAGGAGGUAAACCCAGCUCACACGAGUGUAGUCAUAAAUAAAAGCGAUGUAAUAGUGAUGACUCGAGAUGGAAGAAAUAUGAGAUGAACCCCAUACAUCGUAAUGGAGAAGGUCAAAGAGAGUGGAAGAGGGGAUGUCAUCAUGACUAAGGUAAGAAGUGUAGUGAUGUUUGCCUAAUUGAUAAGACUUGUAUGCAAACUUAGAAAGAAAAGUCAUAUUAUUUUUUUUUGUAAUUUAGAGAAACAAGGAUAGCUGAAACGACGAUGUCACAAAAGAGAAGAAGUGGCUAUAAAAGUGAGAAAAAAGGGCCUAAAGGCUAGAGGAAGGUUCGUUAGAAAUGAGUUCAUAGACACCCUGCCUGUUUUCAUGACCCAUUCGAUAUGUAGAUCCUGAAAAGUACAAUGAAAGAAAAAGAAUAUGACGGUACAGAGGAGGCUAUGGGAAAUAACAUUGAUGAAAAGAAGGCUAGCAAAAAAACUAGGAAUGUAGAGAACCUGAGUGAGGGGAAGGGAAGAAGAAGCCGAGGUGGCACCAUGACUUUUAACUAGACAAGUCUGGUAAUCAACAAUGGUGACAGGGGGAUGGGUCAAGGUAAAUUGAUAGGAGGAGAGAAUAGUGGGGAUACUGGUCAUGUGGGUGAAAGCCUUUGAAUCGAUAAACCACAGUGUCUAAGAAGAAGAAGAUCAUGUGUAGCUAGCGUGGAGGAGGCCAGAAGUGAGGUGAGACUAGUAGAGGUAGAAGCGUCACUACCACUAGUGUGACAAAGGGUGUCAUACUCCACAAGCAUCAAGGUCACAUGGUAGUAGGAGCUAGAACAUGGGAUGAAGUGGGGGACAGGGGAGUUAGAGAAGUCAUCACCGGCUGCUCGGAAGUGGGCUUACCAAAUUGCCUCUAAUACUUAGUAGUCGAAUGGUUCUACUUCUUGUAGUAGGGACAAAGAGGAAAAGUGUUGCGCCCACAUUUGUGAAGAGGAUGACCACUAUUAAGAUAGAAAGGGGGGUAUCAUCUCGAGCCAAUAGAGCAAUCAUAAUAAGAGCCAAAGAAGUAGAGGUGAUGUCUAAAAAGGAAGUAGAGGAGUGAAUAGGUGUACCAGUGGUGACUCGAAGGGCUACUAAGAAGAUUGAGGCGAGAUCAAGCAUGUGAUAUUCUAGAGAGAAUAGACUCCCAAAUCUAGGAUGUGAUGGACGGAUGAAGCCCAUUGAAAUAGACCCCAGCAUGAAACUCUUGGUGAUAGUGUUGAAGGGUCAAGAGGUCGAUAGUAAAGGGCUGAUAGAUAUCCACCUCUUGGAUGAGAGCUUAGAGGUGACUGUAGUGAGCCUGAAGAAAAGGAUCACCUUUAUUUGCAAGAGAAAAGAAACUCAAAGAUUGAUAAGUCUUUAUUAUCAUGAGUUAAUAAUUAAUAAAUAA